AUGCGUCCCGAAGCUUUCAGUUCUUCAUUCAAAAUGUCUGCCGGCGAUAUGCAAGACGAGCAGCUCAAGGAGGCUCUCAUCACCUACGAGAAGCUCCAGGGCAUCGAGGAUGACUUCGAGGAUGUUGAGCUCGAGAUCCUCCGUCAGCAGGACAAGCUCACCAAGGACCUCUACGUCCGACGUGCUGAGGUCGUCUCCAAGAUCCCCCAGUUCUGGCCCCUCGUCUUCGAGCAGUCCCCUCCCGAGGUUGACGAGUACAUCCAGCCCAGCGACUCGGAACUCCUCCUCAACGCCCUGACCGGCCUCUCCGUUGAGCGCUUCGAGCUCCCUAACGGCGACCCUCGCUCCAUUUCCAUCAAGUGGGAGUUCAAGGAGAACGAAUGGUUUGAGGACAAGGUUCUCGAGAAGAAGUUCUACUGGCGUUUCCACAAGGACGGCUGGGCUGGUCUCGUCUCUGAGCCCGUCGACAUCAAGUGGAAGCAGGGCAAGGACCUGACCAACGGCAUGCUCAGCCUCGCCAAGAAGGUCUACGACGAGGAAAAGGCCGGCCAGAAGCCCGGUGAGACCGAGAACUCAAAGAAGCUUCUUAAGCUCAUGGAGGAGACCGGUAUGGGAGGUGUCAGCUUCUUCUCCUGGUUCGGUUUCCGUGGCCGCAAGGUCACCCCCGAGGAGUCCGAGGAGGGCCGCAAGAUCGACGAGCAGAAGAAGGCCGACCGCAAGGCUGGCAAGAUCGAGGACGACGACGAUGACAUGGACGAGGACGAUGAGGAUGAUGAUGAGUACGAGUACGAGAUCUUCCCUACUGCCGACGACCUCGCUGUCUUCAUCGCUGAGGAUCUUUGGCCUGGUGCUAUCAAGUACUUCACCAACGCUCAGGAUGCCGAUGACAUCCCCAGCGACCUCGAGUUCGAGGAGAUGGACGAGGAUGACUCUGACGACGAGGCCCCUGCUCUGACCAAGGCUUAA